UAGAUAAACAUGCAGUUAGUUUUGUCAUCCGAAUCAUUUUAUUAAUAAUUCAUUAUUUGAUAUAAUAAUAAAAGAUAAUUGCCACACGGUAACAUUUAUAUUUAUUCAUUUUAAAAUCCGAAUUUUAUUUGUUAUUGUUUGAUUGAUCCCGGAUAUCAAGAAAAUAUAAUGCAUAGUGUCGAAAGUGAUCCUAAGAUGAUGAUCAAGAAGUAAUCGAUCGUUAUUCAUAUGUAAUUCAGUCGAUAUGAUGAAGUACAACUUUAUGGAUUCGAUUAAUUCUUUACCUUAAGCCAGAUUAAAUCUGCGGUAAUGAGAGCCCACUUUGAAAUUCAGCAUAAUAGUAUAAGUUAAACAAUGUUGUUCGAUUCGCUUAGCUUCUUUGAUGCAGUAAAUUGAUAAAAGUGUCUGAUAUAUAAAAUGGAAACAAAGGAUUUCAGUGCAUUGGGUGGAUUAUUUCAGUUGAUUAUAGGAGAUUUAAAGGGUGGAAUUCCCGCUUGGGAGGAUUUUUUAAACAAAGCAUCAAAAUUUCACUCUCAGUUAAAAGCAACAGUUCUUGCAUCAGGAGCAUUUCUUGAUUCAUUUCAGAAGAUUGCUGAUAUGGCUACUAGUGCUAGAGGUGCUACUAAAGAUAUUGGAUCGGCACUGACUAGAUUAUGUUUGAGACAUCGUAGUGUUGAAACAAAAUUCAAAUCAUAUGCAAGUUUUUACAUUGGUGAAACAAAGCAAUGGCUGAAGAUUAGACUGAAGGAACAUCUGGCUGCUAGAAAAAAACAGUGUAAAACAGAAGGUGCUACUAAAGAUAUUGGAUCGGCACUGACUAGAUUAUGUUUGAGACAUCGUAGUGUUGAAACAAAAUUCAAAUCAUAUGCAAGCAAGACAGAGAAAGGAAAAACUACAAAUGAAAUUGCUAACUCUGUCAACAUUUUGAUGAAAUAUAUGGAACUUAUUGAUGAACUGUCAGAUAACAGUGAGAUCAGUUCAAAUGAAUAUGUGAAUGUGGAUGCACAGCUUCAAGUUUGCAAUCAUAUAGAAUCAGUCGAUCUAGUGAAUGACAUUUUAACAGACGUUCAGAAUGUUAAUCCAGCUAUUGUGCUUUUGGCUCUUGCAGAUGAAAAAGAUGGUGAAGAUACAAGUAUUGUUAUAGAAUCUUACAGAAAAAAUGUGCUAGCUAUGUGUGAAAAAUUUGCUAAAAGAGUAAGACAAGAAAUAAAGAAAAAAUCUACAGAUACUUUACGAUUACAGAAAAAGAUUCGAAAAGUUGGGAUAUGUGAUAUUAAAAGGACAUUAAACAGUGCUUUACAAGACGUCAAUGAUAAAUAUUUACUAUUAGAAGAAACUGAAAAACAAGCAGUACGCAAGGUAUUAAUUGAAGAAAGAAGUCGAUUUUGCCAUUUAGUCACGUUUAUAGAACCAGUCAUUACUCCUCCAAGUUCUCCAAGUUCAUUAGGUUCUCGAAAAUCAAGUGUAUGUAGUAUCAGUAGUUUAAAUAGUUCUUCUAGCAAUGGUACUCAUUCACAUUCAUCUUCUCAUCGUUCUCGACAUUGGUCUCUUCAACAGACUUCCAGUUUAUCAAAAUUCAGUAGUAUAAGUAUUGAUUCCUGUAGUUCACCAACUUCACCAGUAGUAUCAACAACCUCAGUGACUUCAACUUGGCCUAGUACACAAGAUAGUCUAAAAAGUGAGCAUUUGAAUUCGUCUGUUUUAAAAAACCAGAGACCUCAUACUAUAUCUUCUGCUUAUGAACAUUCUGGUCACGUGAGGCCAGCUCUUACUGUUCAGACAUUUCAACCAUUAAAUCAAGAAAAGAAUAUAUGUAAAGAAAAUUAUUAUGAGAAUACAUGCUUUUCUAAAGAAAGUCGUAAUAAUGAUCAUGGAAAAUUUACAGAUAAUAUCAAUUUUCACAACAGAAAUGAUGAAAGAAAUCAUUCACCAAGUCCGCCAAUUCCAAAAAGAAAUAUAUUUGAAGAAAAAGACAAGCCAUAUAUUCCAGAUAAAUCACCAUUUGUUAAAGCAAAACAUAUUCAACAGUUAUUACUAUAUGGUUCUCCAUCAAAGAGUGUUAGUGUUCCUGAUUUUAAUAAAACUCCAUCAGAUCAAGUUAUGCCAAAUCCUAUAUAUGCUAAUAUUAAUGAUUUUUGUUUGAAAAUUCCAUCCAAAACUGCAAGUCUUCCAACGAGAUACCAUGGAUGUAACAAAUUAUCUUUUCAGAAAGAUUUAGCAUCUGCCUUGUCUAAAAGUUACUUAUAUCAUAGAUCUGAUGAUGAAACUAAUAAGUCUGAGGAUAAAAAGAUCUUUGAAAAGAAAGUUUCUGAUUGGUGUUAUUUAAUAUGUAAUGAUAUGUGGUUUUCUGACAUUAAACAGCAAAGACCAGCUUCAUUUGCAGGUGUAUCAAGUACAUCAGAAUUUUCUCAUAGUAAAGGACUAUCUACUUUACAAAAAACUGGAAAUUCUAACAAACCUCCUACACCUGUUCGACGUUCAUCUUCAAUAUCAUCUCAGUCUUUAGACAAAAUAACUUCACAUCAAAAAAAUAUUGAUUGUGGAGUUCAUGUUAAAAAGAGUUCUGAAAAAGUACAGUCAAAUACUGACAACCAAAAAUCAGAAAAAUGUCAAUUUGACAGUAAAACAGAUAAUUCAGAUGUUAAUAAAACAUAUAAAUCCACAGAUUGGGAAGAAAAAGAUCUAGAAAAUGAUGUGUUUGAAAGACGUACAAGAUUCCUUCAAGCACUAAAUGCCACUCUUACUUUCCAGAAUCGUCAAAAAUGCCAAGACACAAAACAUGGUGAUGAAGCAAUUUAUCAGAACACUGAAGGAAGAAAACAAAUACAAGCCAUGGUAUUACAAUUUCAAAAUCAAGCUCAGUCACAGAAGCCCAUUCUUAAACAACAAAUAUUUCCAAGAUCAACAAGUGAUAAUCCAAAUUCUCAAGUUUCAACACAACAAUGUAAUGAAAAAUCUAUAAGGAAUUCCUUCACAAAACAUAACACAAGUCCUUUUAAUGAAUCAAAUAAAAACCUUGGAACUAAUUAUAAUACUAAAAGAGAAAAUUCUGUUCAGAGUUUUAAUUCAAAAACAACAACAAAACUUAUAUCACAUCAAAUUCAGAGAAAAGCUUCCUUACCAGAUCCAUCACCUAAUAAAGAACAAAGCACUUCAAAUUAUAAAAAUCCUGAAUGUUUUCAAAAAUGUCUAAUACAACCUGCUGUAGAAUUGAAAUUAUCGGCACAGGUAGAAAGAUCGGGAAAUUCUCCGCUCUUUCCCGUCAGUGCUUUAGUGGAAAACAAAUCAUUUAUUGCAUCACUUAAUGCUAAAUUAGCCAAGCAAAGUCAGUUUGACGAGAAAAAUAUAGGAUUUAAACAUAGCACUCACAGUUGGGGUAAAAAACGUACUGAAAAUGCUUACUUAGAUACAUCGACAACUAAAGUGCAUAGAUGGUUAUCUCGAAAAGACCGAAUGGUUGUUUCUUCUUGUUGUGAAACUCUCAUGGAUCAGAUCAGAAGAGGUACCUCCUUACGAAAAGUUAUAUGUAAUGACCGAUCGGCACCAAAACUCUCGUGACGAUUGAGAGUGGUUUUUGUCUGUCACAUUUAGCCCUGCAAAUAGCCAGUAAGGCUAUAGAAAAAGAUUUUUUACUUUUUAAUCCCUGAGUAUUGUGCUGUACAUAUGCAGAAGAAAUGUCAUUUUUUUUGUAAUUUUCCAUAUUAGUAGUUCCAAGAUAAGCAGUAGUUUUAUAAAAGGAAAUUAUUUAUUUAUUUAUUUAUUGUCAUUUGUGAAAGUAUUAUAUAUUAAUGUAUUAAUUUCUUUACAAUUUAUAAAUUUUAAUUAUUAUUUAUUGAUGCACUGUAUAAUCAGUAUUAUUUAUUUUGUUUUAUGAUUUUGUUUUCGUUUAAAGAUAUUUUAUGAACAAAAUCAAAAACAAGUGGAUUAGAGUUCACAACUACUGUAAUAUCUAAAAAUUACACUCAAUUAUUGAAUUUAUUUUUUCAAUGAAGUUUUAAAACUUUAUUUUACAAAAUAAUCUAAAUAUUUAUUAAAUAUUUUUAUUUACUAAAAAAAAAUUUUAAAGUCAAACAUCAAUAAUGACUUAAAUUAGUGAUAAGUAUUGCUGGCUAAUGUGUCAGUGAAAACCACAGUUAUGAGAAUGAAAAAGAGUAUUAUUAUUAUUAUUAUUGUUACUUUAACAUAAUUUAAGACUAAAUUGUUUAUUGAAACUGGUUAACAGAUAAAAUUUGCUUGAAUUAGGUGUUGGUAUUUUUUAAUUAAUAGCUAAAAAAAAUAUAUUAUGCAGUUUGUUAUAAAAAUGUUUCUGGGAAAAAGAAUCCAAUAUCUAGCCAGACAGCAGCUUCUUUAUUAUAACUAGAAAAAUGAAAUUAUUCUAGCAUUACAUUAUUUAAUCAAUAAAAUUUAUCAUAAAUUUGUUUUUUUUUUAAUAUUAGACUUUU